AUUUCUCCCGCCAAUUCCCACAUUUUUCCCGCCAGAAACGCUUCCCUACUACCCUAGCCAGUCUUCUCAGUUGUGUGACUUGUGUCGCUUUUGAAUCCCCUUCGUGGAUUCAACCCUUAUCAGGUUGGAUUCGGAGAAAAUAUAUUUGGUUGGAUUAACCAGCAGCCCCUCAUCAACAACAGGGAUACUCUCAAUUCCACAGUUUGUUUACAAGAAUUGCCAUCACAAAGAAUCUUGGAAAAAAAACCCACCAGUGAUUACAGCCACCAAACCCCUUAAUUUGUGGAUUCAUUGUUGUUUACAAGAAUUGCCAUCACUAAUUUCGUGGGUUUAUCUGAUUAAGUCCAUCCAAGGCUCAUAAUCUAUUCAUGGCUGCUGAAACGCUUGCGGUAACAUGCAACGACACUCUCAACACACCACCUCAUCCUCAAAUAACUUAUCAAGUUGUGGUCGCAGCCACACGUACUAUGGGUAUCGGUAAAGACGGAAAAUUGCCAUGGAAGUUGCCUUCUGACCUCAAGUUUUUCAAAGACGUCACCAUGGCUACAUCCGAUCCAUCGAAGAAGAACGCUAUUAUCAUGGGAAGAAAAACAUGGGAUAGCAUACCUCUAAAACACCGACCACUAACCGGUCGCCUUAACGUUGUUCUAACUCGCUCAGGGAGUUCCGACAUUGCAACUACUGAAAACGUUUUAACGUGCGGGAGCAUGAUUUCCGCUUUGGAAAUAUUGGCAUCGUCUCCGUAUUGUUUAUGUAUCGAGAGGGUGUUUGUUAUAGGUGGCGGUGAGAUCUUAAGGGAGUCCCUCAACAGUGCUGGAUGUGACGCUAUCCAUAUUACCGAAAUCGAAACCGACUUUGAUUGCGACACUUUUAUCCCCGCUAUCGAUGCUUCACAGUUCCAGCCGUGGUACUCGUCAUUUCCGUUAACGGAAAACGGAAUUCGACAUUGUUUCACUACAUAUGUUCGUGUGAGGAAUUCUGCGAUUGAAACGACUAAUAAUAAUAACGGCUUGUUGCCCGAUAGUAAAUCGGACUCGGUAAAGUUUGAUGCAAGGAUGCUCUCUUUCCUGCCGAAAACGAUAUUUGAGAAGCAUGAGGAGUACCUUUACUUGAGGCUGGUGAAAGACAUCAUUUCUAAUGGCGCUUUAAAGGGUGACCGUACUGGGACUGGUACUUUAUCAAAAUUUGGUUGUCAGAUGCGGUUCAAUCUGAGAAAGUCUUUCCCGCUUCUUACAACAAAGAAAGUGUUUUGGCGUGGAGUUGUGGAAGAACUUUUGUGGUUCAUCAGUGGGUCAACAAGUGCCAAGGUUUUACAAGAUAAGGGCAUUCAUAUAUGGGAUGGUAACGCAUCCAGAAACUACCUAGACAGUAUUGGGUUGGUGGAUAGAGAAGAAGGUGACUUGGGACCAGUAUACGGGUUUCAGUGGAGACACUUUGGUGCAAGCUAUACCAACAUGCAUGCUGACUACACUGGCCAAGGAUUCGAUCAACUGCUAGACGUUAUCAACAAAAUAAAAAACAAUCCUGACGAUCGUCGAAUAAUUAUUUCAGCGUGGAACCCUUCUGAUCUUAAGCAGAUGGCGCUUCCACCUUGUCACAUGUUUGCACAGUUUUAUGUAAAUCAAGGAGAGUUAUCGUGUCAAAUGUAUCAACGAUCUGCCGAUAUGGGUUUGGGCGUUCCUUUUAACAUAGCGUCAUACGCCUUAUUAACAUGCAUGAUCGCCCAUGUUUGUGAUCUUGUUCCGGGUGAUUUUGUUCACGUUCUUGGUGAUGCGCAUGUCUAUAGCAAUCAUGUCCGACCUCUGCAGGACCAGCUUCAGAAGCUGCCUAGACCUUUUCCUAUUUUGAAGAUCAAUCCUGAGAAGAAGGAUAUAGAUGCUUUUGUGGCGAAUGAUUUUAAACUCAUAGGCUAUGAUCCCCACCAGAAAAUAGAAAUGAAAAUGGCAGUAUAGAGUUAUCAUCUAUCUUCAGGUAUUCGUAAGGACAAAUAUGAACCGUUGUUCCCUGUUUACAUCAUAAUUUAUAUCUUUAUCUUAUGGUUUUGCAUAGCUACAUUCCUAUUUAAACUUGUCGGUUUACUAGAGGACUAGAGGUGCGUAUUAUUCCGAGCUUUAUGGCACUUUUAGUAGGGCAAAAUAACUAUUCGUAUUGCGCUUUUAGUUCAUGCUUUAUUUGACAUUUCAUAAUUCAUGCUAUAUUAUUGGUGUAAUCCACAUGGAUGCAAA